GCCCGGCGCAGACUCGGCUUCGCCGGCCUCCGUCCCCUUGGCGGGAGGGGACGUGGAAAACACCGCCCUUUAGGCGCUCGUGAUGUUUCUCUGGGCUCGUUCAGUUGCCGGAAAAGAAUGGUAACAUGAACAGCGGAGCGUGAGAGCGUCACGCGGGAAGGGGAAGAGAUUGAUGGGCAGAGCGCUCACUUCGCGGAAGAUCACGUUCCCAGGGCUGCGCGAGGCGAAACGGCGCGGCGCCUCCACUUCCUGGCUGGACUCCGCUGACAUCUGUAGCCUCGCUUCCAGCAGGCUGCCCGCUCGCCAGCCGCUGUCUGCGGGGGACAGUUCGGACCGCGCGUGAGCAUCCCGGAGUUUGCGGACCUCCAUCCAAACAGGAGUUGUGCUCCAGAGUCCCUGGGUCCGCGUGGAGCCCGCCAGCAGACUGGCUUCAGAGGGAGUUGAACUUGAGUUCAGAUGCCCAACUCCCUCUGAAUCGUGCAGAUUGGUGCUGAGCACGCAACAAAAGUUUUUAGCUUCUCCUCAGUUUCUGGUGCUUCGCAGGGGAGAGAAAAGGACUUUGGCAUUGAACACAAGAAGCAGUCAGGGAGCCAUCUCCUUUAACUUUUCUUCUCUGUUAUCAUUUGCAAUGAAGAGGAAACAGAAGAGAUUUCUGCAGAUGACUUUGUUAUUCAUGGUGGCUUUAAUUUUCCUGCCCAAUAUUGGCCUCUGGUCUCUGUAUAAGGAUAAGCACCUGGUGAAAUCUACAGAAUCCGGAGAGCAGCAGACAUUUCCACUGGGCCUGGGAGAAGGGCAAUUCUAUGCAUGGACAGAUGGUUUGAGAAGAAAGGACUGGCAUGACUAUGAAAGCAUUCAGAAAGAGGCUAUGCGCUCAGGGAAAGGUGAGCAUGGGAAGCCUUACCCGCUCACUGAAGAGGACCACGAUGACUCAGCUUACCGGGAAAAUGGUUUCAAUAUUUUUGUCAGCAACAAUAUUGCUCUAGAGCGGUCUCUGCCAGAUAUCCGCCAUGCUAAUUGUAAGCACAAGAUGUACUUGGAAAGUUUGCCAAACACCAGCAUCAUUAUCCCAUUUCAUAAUGAAGGUUGGACUUCACUCCUGCGUACUAUCCACAGUAUAAUUAACCGAACCCCAGAGAGUCUGAUAGCAGAAAUCAUUCUAGUAGAUGACUUCAGUGAUAGAGAACACUUGAAGGAUAAAUUAGAAGAAUAUAUGGCCCGAUUUUCCAAAGUAAGGAUCGUUCGCACCAAGAAAAGGGAAGGGCUCAUCCGGACCCGACUCUUGGGGGCAUCUAUGGCAAGAGGAGAAGUCUUAACAUUCCUGGACUCCCACUGCGAGGUCAAUGUGAAUUGGCUACCCCCACUCCUUAACCAAAUUGCACUAAACCACAAAACCAUCGUGUGCCCCAUGAUCGAUGUCAUUGACCACAAUCACUUUGGGUAUGAGGCACAAGCCGGGGAUGCCAUGCGAGGCGCCUUCGACUGGGAAAUGUACUACAAACGAAUCCCCAUCCCUCCAGAACUCCAGAGGGCAGAUCCCAGCGACCCUUUUGAGUCUCCCGUUAUGGCUGGAGGUCUCUUUGCUGUGGAUCGAAAAUGGUUUUGGGAGUUGGGCGGCUAUGAUCCAGGUUUAGAAAUCUGGGGAGGAGAACAAUACGAAAUCUCUUUUAAGGUUUGGAUGUGUGGAGGAGAAAUGUUUGAUGUCCCAUGUUCUAGAGUUGGUCAUAUCUACAGAAAGUACGUCCCUUAUAAAGUUCCAUCUGGGACCAGCCUGGCAAGAAACCUGAAGCGUGUGGCUGAGACCUGGAUGGAUGAAUUUGCUGAGUACAUUUACCAGCGGCGCCCAGAAUACAGGCACCUGUCCACCGGGGACAUCUCCGCCCAGAAGGAGCUGCGCAAACAGCUCAAGUGCAAGGACUUCAAGUGGUUCAUGGCUGCAGUGGCCUGGGAUGUGCCUAAGUACUACCCUCCGGUGGAGCCCCCACCGGCCGCCUGGGGGGAGAUUCGAAAUGUGGCGGCAAAUCUCUGCGUGGACAGCAAGCACGGAGCCACAGGCACCGAGCUGAGGCUGGACAUCUGUGUCAAGGAUGGUUCUGAAAGGACGUGGUCUCAUGAACAGCUCUUUACAUUUGGAUGGAGAGAAGAUAUUCGGCCCGGGGAGCCUCUCCACACCCGGAAGUUCUGCUUCGAUGCGAUCUCCCACAACAGCCCGGUCACUCUCUACGACUGUCACGGCAUGAAGGGGAACCAGCUCUGGGGAUACAGGAAGGACAGAACAUUAUUCCAUCCUGUGAGCAGCAGCUGCGUGGAUUGCAACCCCGCAGAGAAGAAGAUUUUCAUGGCCAGAUGUGACCCUCUAUCUGAGACGCAGCAGUGGAUUUUUGAACAUCUUAAUAUGACUGUUUUAGAAAAAUUUAACCACCAUGCCAGCUCCUAGGAAGAAGGAGGAAAGAAUGAGUGAUUACCUACGGAUUAUAAAAACUCAAUUUUAGCCAGCAUCUGGGUCGAAGGAGUCAGGAAUAACAUUUCCUAGAUCCAGGAAGCCUGGUUUGAAGAUUUGUAAAUGCCAUGUCAAAGUAGGUUGUCCUGCAGAAAUUCCUGCAUCUGAAGAACUUGGCCAAGAACCUCACCAGCUGCAUCUGAGAACUCGAGACUAGCAGUGCCCUUGCUGGCCAAGGGCAAAGAUUAUUUAAGGACUUUUCGAAACAACUGCUGAGUUAAUAAAUCCUAGCAUUUCUCAGGUCAAAUCCUGCAGUAGUGAGUAGCUAUGAAUGGAUCCUAUUAACUGGGUGGGAGGGGGGCGGAAAUAGAGUGCAUGACUGCUCUGCAAAGCUGAGGAGACCGCAGGUCUAGAACUAGCCACGCUUAAGGGGUGAGCCGUACUCUUCGGGGCCAUUCUCCGACUAAGAAUGGGUUAAGCAGGUUUAACCCAUCAAAGUGCUGCAGAUGAUUUUAGAGUGCUCAUACCAUUCUGUUCUCUUGUUUUAUUUUUAAACGAGGGUGCGCUGUCUAAUGGAAGACAUAAAUUACAUAAUGAAACGAACUUCCAAUGUUGACGUUCUUUCAUUUACAUUUGCCAUUUUCCUUUUUAGAGCAGAGGUAACUUAUUGUUCAUGAAACUCACGCUCACCAAAUUAGCUGAAGUUCUAAUUCAGUGCCCUUGUAUGAAUCCCAUUUCAAAACAAAACAAAAUCUAUGCUACCAAGUGACUCCAAAGAGAAAGAUUUCACAGAAGCAGCAAAACCGUGCAAGGCUGAGGAGAGGGAUUUCCCUAGGAAGUCGAUUUUUACUUUUCUAUUACUUUUAGAAUUUUAAAAGUCUGAUGUUUGUCCAGUCAUAAUUUUUAUUAAGGAAGGAAAUGGAGUGAGGUUGAUGUAAUUUGUUGAGGAGAUUCUUAAAUCCAAAUAAAUCUACACUCCAAGUGAUGUGCGAAAA